CUUGCCAACUUUUCUGUGUGCUGUUUUUAUUGUCACGUUAGGAUCUUACAUGCAUUUGCACUUUCAAGUUUUAUAUCUUCAUCUCUAUUCAUCCUAAGCUUAUAAUAUUGAUCUAUUUUCAUUCCAUCUUUUCCUUGCAUCAAGUAUUUUCAAAACUAAUGAUACUUCCCUCCACAGAACGGUCAAUAAAAACUGCUUCCUCAAACCAGGUCAACUACUCGAUGACGGCUGCAUCUUCCGUCAUGGUUCCUACCGCACACGUAUUAUCUAUGAGUUUGAGCGCGAUCCCAACGGUCCUAGAAAACCCAGGCAAAAAUGGCAGAGCGAUAAUCGUGACAAGGCUCGUGAGAGAACUGAUAGCAUGGAUUUUAACAUUAGUGCUAGUGAAGACAGGUAUGUUUACCUUUAUAUAUAAAGAUUCCACAGUUACCAGAAAAUCUUACUAUAUAACUUUUGACUGUGACUAAUAAGCCAUGUGAUAGGAUGAAAAUUGAAGCUGAUGGAGUUGAUGUUGAUGUUAAUAACAGUCACAAGGAACGAGAACCAAAGAUUAGAGAGUGGCAGGAGAAGACUAAGAAUGAGAAACAACCGAGAUUUAAGAUGGAGAAACAGUUCAAGAAAAGACAACCUGCAGGGAAAAGAAAGAUUGUUACUCAUUUUGUUGACGAGCUAUCUGAUCCGCGUAGCGACGAUGAGAUAAGUGAUGAUGAUUGGAAGCUGGAACUGAAGUAUUCCCCCCCAUUCUCUGUAGAUAUUAAAUCCACAAACUAACAUCAACUCAAGAAUAAAGAUCGAGCCCGGUGACGUAGUUCCCUGGUCCGCAACCUCCUCUCGCUCUUUCUCAGACCCUACAGUUGUAAAUCCCAAUAGCACAACCCAAGCAACAGGUACUAAACCUUCAGGCAAUGGAGGUCUAUUCCAAGGCUACAACGCGAGUGCCCUAGCAGCCACCGAUACCUACCAUCCCACGACCCCUAACUCACGCUUUAACUUCAAUCCACCCGCCACAGGCAUGCACACUAGCUACAUGAACAUGAACAUGGCCAGCAAACCAGCGAAACGCAAUCCUUCCAACUCCACAUACACAGACCAGGCCAUAAAUCUCGGAUCUCCCAAACUCAAGCCCAAAACUCGAGCUCAGGCUCUAGCUCACUCUGAUCAUGAGAUGCAGACUUCGAUUGCAAAAUUUGCAGGUCUAUCUCCAUACCCUACUAUGCACAGUCCUAUUGAUGUACAUAGGAGUUUUUCGGCUGGUCGUAUGAGUACAUCUUUUGAGGUUUCGAAUGUGGAUUUAGAUGCAGAGACAGAUAAUCCACCACCAUAUUCCGCACAAGCUCUAUCCAUUCUUCCGGAAUGUAAUUCAGCUAUGGAUACAAGUACCACUGCAAAUGCAAAUGCAAAUACAGAUACGAAAAGCCUGAACAGACCAUGGCCAUCUGCAAGCCCAUGUAUAAGCGAUAUAAGUUCCGCAAGUGGAUAUAUAGGAUAUAAUUCCACAUGUGGAGAAAACCAGGGGGUUUUUGGUAAUUAUGCUAGUGGGGAGAGUGAUGAGAGGGAAAGGAAAAAGAUACGGGCUGAGAGUAGAGAUGAGACUGAGGAUGGAAAGCAGAUGGUGCAUGAUAUGGAUAAUGCUGAGAAUGACGUGAAGAUGAGUGAGGAGUGAGUUUGGUUUAAGUUAAGUUAGGUGAUCCAGGUUAGGUUAGGUGAGAUGGGCUUGUGAUAUUUUGAUUGAUUUCUUAAUGUUAUGGGUUUAUGCACUUGGAUAUGUGGUACGACUGUGAUUUAGUUAUUUUCUGUGGAGUUUGGAGGAUGGGUGGAUGAAGGUACA